GAAGGGGGGAGGAGGAGGGAGAGGAGGAGGAAGACGACGACGGAGGGGGAGGAACUUGCAGACUUGCCUCUAGAUUUCAUUGAGAACUCGGAAAGCAGCAGGUUAACAUCUAUGAGGUGACUGUUCUUCAUGCCUGGAGACUUUUUGACCAAUAUUCUCUUCGUUUCCGCCUGUGUCUCCACUCUUUUGGUCGGAUUUAACUUUUCCUACACAGGAAACAUCUGGACUAGACGACACCAAACUGUGGAUCUAUGAGAGCCCAACGCGGGAUUCAACGGCGUUUGUGAAGUUGAAGAGGAGGAAUGUAUCGUUUCUUUGUGAAACUAACAUUUCUGAUCACAGCAGUCGGCGUCUCACAAGGUCUAAAAUGCUCGCUAUCAACUGAAACAUGUCUUAACAGAGGGAGGUGUGAACCCACCUCCAAUGGAAAUGGAGAAUGCAAGUGUCCGAGUGACUUUGUAGGGAGUCGGUGCCAGUACACAAAUCCCUGCAGUCCUUCACCUUGUCGCAAUGGAGGCGAAUGCCGCCCGAUUUCCCACGGCAACACAUUUGAUUUCCACUGCGUGUGUCGUCUGGGUUUCACUGACCGACUCUGCCUGACCCCAGCCAACCACGCCUGCAUGAGUUCCCCCUGUCGCAACGGAGGGACUUGUGAUCUCAUAUCUCUGAGCGUCUACCACUGCCGUUGCCCCCCCGGGUGGACAGGCAAAUCCUGCCAGCUUGCCAACCCCUGUGCCUCCAACCCCUGUGCCAACGGUGGCCAGUGCUCAGCCUUCGACUCCACCUACAUCUGCACCUGCCCGCCUGCCUUUCACGGUCAAACGUGCAAGCAAGAUGUCAACGAGUGCGCUCAGACUCCCUCUCCCUGUCUGAAUGGUGGCACGUGUGUAAACGAGGUGGGCUCGUACCACUGCCGCUGCCCCCAGGAAUACGCAGGAAAACACUGUGAUUCCCGGUACAUGCCGUGCAGCCCCUCACCCUGCCAGAAUGGAGGCACAUGCGUCCAGAAAGGGGACACCACCUAUGGCUGUAGCUGCCUCCCAGGUUUCACAGGUCAGAACUGUGAGCACAACAUCGACGACUGUCCAGGUCACAGCUGCCAGAAUGGGGGUGUGUGUGUGGAUGGUGUGAACACCUACAACUGCCGCUGCCCGCCUCAUUACACAGGUCAGUACUGCACUGAAAAUGUGGACGAGUGUGAGUUGAUGCCCAACGCGUGCCAGAACGGAGGGACCUGCCAUGACACUCACGGUAGCUACCACUGCGUCUGCGUUAAUGGCUGGACUGGUGACGACUGCAGCGAGAACAUUGACGACUGCGCCAGUGCAGCUUGCUAUCAUGGGGCAACAUGUCAUGACCGCGUAGCCUCAUUUUUCUGCGAGUGUCCUCACGGUCGCACAGGUUUGUUGUGCCACCUUGAUGAUGCCUGCAUUAGCAACCCAUGUCAGAAAGGCUCCAACUGUGACACCAACCCAGUCAAUGGCAAGGCAAUAUGCACCUGCCCCCCAGGCUACACCGGGUCAGCCUGCAACCUGGACAUUGACGAGUGCUCACUUGGAGCCAACCCUUGUGAACACGGCGGUCGCUGCCUCAACACCAAAGGCUCGUUCCAGUGUAAGUGUCUCCAAGGAUACGAGGGUCCUCGCUGUGAGAUGGAUGUCAAUGAAUGCAUGUCCAAUCCUUGCCAUAAUGAUGCUACCUGCCUGGACCAGAUUGGAGGGUUCCACUGCAUCUGCAUGCCAGGAUAUGAGGGUGUGUUCUGCCACAUCAACACAGAUGAGUGUGCCAGCCAGCCGUGUCUUAACAAUGGAAAAUGCGUUGACAAGAUCAAUUCCUUCCACUGCGAGUGCCCCAAAGGCUUUUCCGGGAAUCUGUGUCAAGUGGACAUCGACGAGUGUGCCAGCACGCCCUGUAAGAAUGGAGCUAAAUGCACAGAUGGCCCCAACAAAUACACCUGUGAAUGUGCAGAGGGUUACACAGGGCAGCACUGUGACAUCGACGUCAACGAAUGCUACUCUGACCCCUGCCACUAUGGCACUUGUAAGGAUGGACUGGCAUCUUUUACUUGCUACUGCCACCCUGGCUUCACUGGACGCCUGUGUGAAACUAACAUUAACGAGUGUCUGAGCCAGCCCUGCAAGAACGGUGGCACCUGCCAGGACAGAGAGAACACCUACAUGUGCCUCUGCCCAAAAGGCACCGCAGGUUUUAACUGUGAGGUGAACUUAGACGACUGCAAGAACAAACCCUGUGACUACGGCAGAUGUAUUGACAAAAUCAAUGGCUACGAGUGUGCAUGUGAGCCGGGUUACACAGGAGUAAUGUGCAACAUCAACAUCGACGAGUGUGCCAUUAACCCAUGUCACAAUGGGGGUACGUGUGUUGAUGGCAUCAACAGCUUCACCUGUCUGUGCCCCGAGGGCUACAACGACGCCACGUGUCUGUCCCAGGUGGACGAGUGCAGUAGUAACCCCUGCAUCCAUGGACGAUGCCAGGAUCUCAUCAAUGGCUACAAAUGUACCUGUGACUCUGGAUGGAGCGGCAAAAACUGUGACAUCAACAACAACGAAUGUGAAUCGAACCCAUGCAUGAACGGCGGAACCUGCAAAGACAUGACCAGUGGAUACCACUGCACAUGCAGGACUGGAUUUACCGGGCCUAACUGCCAGACUAACAUCAACGAGUGUGCCUCCAACCCUUGCCUGAACCAGGGCACCUGCAUCGAUGAUGUGGCUGGAUACAAAUGCGUCUGUAUGCUGCCCUACACCGGUGAUAACUGUGAGACCCUGCUGGCGCCCUGCAGCCCAAGACCCUGUAAAAACGGCGGUGUAUGUAGGGAGUCUGAAGACUACCAGAGCUUCUCCUGCAUCUGCCCUGAUGGAUGGCAAGGUCAAACAUGUGAGUUUGACAUCAACGAAUGUGUGAAGAGCCCAUGCCGCAAUGGUGGGAUUUGCCAUAACACUAUGGGUGGCUACCAAUGUAAAUGCCAGCCGGGUUACACUGGCCAGAAGUGUGAGACUGACGUCGACGACUGCAAACCAAAUCCCUGCAGUAAUGGUGGUCUUUGUCACGAUGGCAUUAACAGUUUCACCUGCACCUGCCUGCCUGGCUUUCGUGGUGGCAGAUGUGAGCAGGACAUUAAUGAGUGUGAGAGCAACCCCUGUAGAAAUGGAGCCAACUGCACAGAUUGUGUCAACAGCUACACCUGCACCUGUCCACCUGGCUUCAGUGGUAUCAACUGUGAGAUCAACACCAAUGACUGCACUGACAGCUCCUGCUUUAAUGGUGGAACGUGUGUGGAUGGAAUCAACGCUUUCACCUGUCUGUGUCUCCAUGGGUUCACUGGCAGCUACUGCCAGUAUGAUAUCAACGAGUGUGACUCCAAGCCCUGUCUCAAUGGAGGAACUUGUUAUGACGGGUAUGGGACGUAUAAAUGUACCUGUCCUCAUGGCUACACAGGAAUCAACUGUCAGAAUCUUGUACGCUGGUGUGACUCUUCCCCGUGUAAAAAUGGUGGCUCAUGCUGGCAGCAGGGAGCCUCUUACACUUGCCAAUGCCAGACUGGAUGGACCGGCCUCUACUGUGACAUCCCCAGUGUGUCCUGCGAGGUAGCAGCCAAACAGCAAGGUGUAGACGUUGCCAAUUUGUGCAGAAACUCUGGCCAGUGUUUGGACGCUGGAAACACACAUUACUGCCGCUGUCAGGCGGGCUACACUGGGAGCUACUGUCAGGAGCAGGUGGACGAGUGCUUACCUAAUCCCUGCCAGAACGGCGCCACUUGUACUGAUUAUUUGGGAGGCUACAGUUGUGAGUGUGUCCCUGGUUACCAUGGAGUGAACUGCUCCAAAGAAAUCAAUGAAUGCCAGUCUCAGCCUUGCCAGAAUGGAGGCACGUGCAUUGAUCUCAUCAACACGUACAAGUGCUCCUGUCCCAGAGGAACACAAGGUGUCCACUGUGAGAUCAAUUUGGACGACUGCAACCCCUCCAUUGACCCACUGACCAAAGAACCCAAGUGCUUUAACAAUGGCAAGUGUGUGGACCGCAUCGGUGGCUACCAGUGUGUGUGUCCCGCUGGUUACGUGGGUGAGCGCUGUGAGGGUGACGUCAACGAGUGUCUGUCAGACCCAUGUGACCCCAGAGGGUCCUACAACUGUAUCCAACUGACCAACAGCUACCACUGCGAGUGCCGAACGGGAUACACAGGUCAGCGUUGUGAUAAGGUGUUCGAUGGAUGCAAGGGAAAACCUUGUAGAAAUGGAGGAACAUGUGCUGUUGCCAGUAACACACCUCAUGGUUUCAUCUGCAAAUGUCCUCCGGGCUUCACCGGUUCUUCCUGCGAGUACGAUUCCCGCUCCUGUGGCAACCUGAACUGCAGGAAUGGUGGAACAUGUAUGUCAGGCCAUCUAGGCCCACGCUGCCUGUGUCCACCUACCUUCACCGGUCCAGAGUGUCAGAUGCCCACUGACAACCUCUGCAUCUCCAACCCCUGCUACAACGGAGGAACCUGCCAGAUUACCUCUGAGGCACCGUUCUUCCACUGCAGCUGCCCGAGCAAUUUCAACGGCCUGCUGUGUCACAUCCUGGACUAUUCGUUUGUCGGAGGCUUUGGUCGGGACAUAACCCCGCCUCCGGAAGUGGAGGUGAGCUGUGAGAUUCCUCAGUGCGAUGAGUGGGCGGGCAACCACAUCUGCGAUUCGCUCUGCAACAACCACGCCUGUGGCUGGGACGGAGGAGACUGCUCUCUGAAUUUUGACGAUCCGUGGCAAAACUGCUCAGCUGCACUGCAGUGCUGGCGGUAUUUCAAUGACGGGAAGUGUGAUGGCCAGUGCAACAGCCCAGGUUGCCUUUAUGAUGGCUUUGACUGCCAGGGACAAGAAGGUCAAUGCAACCCCCUCUAUGAUCAGUACUGUAAAGAUCACUACGCUGAUGGCCACUGUGACCAGGGAUGCAACAACGCCGAAUGUGAAUGGGAUGGACUGGACUGUGCCAACAACAUGCCAGAAAAGUUGGCCGACGGACACUUGAUUCUGGUCGUUCAUAUUCCACCAGAACAACUCAAAAACCAUUCCUCAGCCUUCCUCAGAGACCUCAGCAGUGUUCUUCAUACCAAUGUGGUGUUUCGCCGGGAUGUCAGGGGAGAACCCAUGAUCUUCCCGUACUACGGCAACGAACAGGACCUUGUUAAACAUAACAUGCUGAAGCGCUCUGCAGACGGCUGGCCGGAAUGGGCUACAAUGCCAGCAAGUGUUUUGGGUCAGGUGAAGGAACGUGUGUCUUCCAUGGUCAGCCCACGGAAGCGCAGAGAGCUGGAUCCUGUCCAGGUCAAAGGUUCCGUGGUGUACCUGGAGAUUGACAACCGUCAGUGUUACCAGCAGUCGACCGAGUGUUUCCAGAGCGCCACAGAAUUCCUGGGAGCCCUGGCCUCUAGUGGAAAUCUCAACGUUCCCUAUAUUGAAGCUGUCACAAGUGUCAGACCCACUCAGUCCAAUUCAGAGCUCUACCCCAUGUAUGUUGUCUUCCUGGGCUUGGCGGCUUUGGGCUUCGUCUGCCUGGGCGUUCUUGUGUCUCGUAAACGGCGUCGAGAACAUGGACAGCUUUGGUUUCCUGAAGGCUUCAAGGUGUCAGAACCCACCAAAAAGAAACGCAGGGAGCCACUGGGAGAGGAUUCUGUUGGACUGAAGCCUAUGAAAAACUCAGACAUCAACCUUAUGGACGACCAUCAAAAUGACUGGGAUGACGAGGAUCCAGACUGCAGGCGAUUCAGGUUUGAGGAGCAGGCUAUGCUGGAUUUGAGUGACCACACUGAUCAGAGGAAAUGGACACAGCAGCACCUGGAUGCGGCUGACCUUCGUAUCCAAUCCAUUGCCCCCACUCCUCCUCAGGGGGAGAUAGAGAACGACUGCAUGGACGUUAAUGUCAGAGGACCAGAUGGUUUCACUCCCCUAAUGAUCGCGUCCUGCAGCGGAGGUGGAAUGGAAACUGGAAAUAGUGAAGAAGAAGAAGAUCCCUCUGCAGAAAUCAUCUCGGACUUUAUUUACCAGGGCGCCAACCUUCAUAACCAGACCGACCGCACAGGCGAGACAGCGCUGCACUUGGCUGCUCGCUACGCACGGUCCGACGCCGCCAAACGCCUCCUGGAGUCCAGUGCCGACGCCAACGUUCAAGAUAACAUGGGCCGCACUCCGCUUCAUGCUGCCGUGGCUGCAGAUGCUCAAGGGGUGUUCCAGAUUUUGAUCAGAAACCGUGCGACCGACCUUGACGCCCGUAUGCACGAUGGGACAACACCACUAAUUCUGGCGGCCCGAUUGGCUGUUGAGGGCAUGGUAGAAGAACUCAUCAACUGCCACGCUGACGCUAAUGCCACAGAUGAAUCUGGUAAAUCUGCUCUUCACUGGGCCGCAGCUGUGAACAAUGUAGAAGCUGCUGUGGUGCUACUGAAAAAUGGAGCCAACAAAGACAUGCAAGACAAUAAGGAGGAGACACCGCUCUUCCUUGCCGCCCGUGAGGGCAGCUAUGAGACGGUCAAGGUUUUACUUGAGCACUUUGCUAAUCGUGAGAUCACUGACCACCUCGACCAACUGCCCAGAGAUAUUGCACAGGAGCGCAUGCAUCACGACAUUGUCCGACUUCUGGACGAGUAUAACGUGGUCAGGAGUCCAGGGCUUCACAGCGCCCCCAUUAGCACUGCCAACUUCUCCCCCCCUCUUUGCUCUCCUAAUGACUACCUUAGCAACCUGAAGCCUAACCUCUCUGGCAAGAAGGUUCGCAAGAUCAGUUCUGCAGGAAAAGGGGGCAAAGAUGGAGGCAAAGAUAAUAGGCUGAAGAAGAAAAAGUCCAUGGAUGGGAAAAAUAACUUGUUGGACACAUCAGCUGUUCUUUCUCCCGUUGAUUCCCUGGAAUCUCCUCAUGGCUAUCUAUCCGAUGUAGCCUCCCCACCCAUGACGUCACCCUUCCAGCAGUCCUCGCCCAUGUCUCUAAAUCAACUACAAGGCAAUGCAGAUUCUCAUAUGGGCCAGAUGACCAUGGGAAAGGAUAUGGGUUGCAUGUCAUUUGACCCCAACCCACCGCGUCUCUCUCACCUGCCAGUGUCCAGCCCCAGUGGCCAGGGCGCAGCAUCUUUAGGUGCCAACAGAGGGGGCCAGUGUGACUGGGUCUCCAGGAUGCACCCGGGACAGCAGGGAGGCUUUACACAGGCACCUUCCAUGACUCACAACAUGAUGGGUCCCCUGCAUGGUGUCAGUACUGCCACUCUAUCUCAAAUCAUGGGCUACCAGAAUCUGCAGACCAGCCACCUCAGCUCACCUGCGCACAUGAUGCAACAGGGACGCUCGCGGCAGCUGCAGCACCAGAACUCCAAUUCCACCACGACCGGCCAGCCGCGCAAUCCCGGCUUCCCCAACAUUGAGCUAAACGGCUCUGACAUGCAGCAAAACAUUGGCUCAGGCCGAUCGAUGCCAAUCCACACUGUGAUGCCUCAGGAGACACAGAUCCUCAGCGCACAGUUUUUAACGCCCCCCUCCCAGCACAGCUACAACGGCCCCAUGGACAACACACCCAACCACCAGCUUCAAGUCCCCGACCACCCAUUUUUAACUCCUUCCCCUGGUUCCCCGGACCAGUGGUCCAGCUCGUCCCCACAUUCCAACAUGUCUGAUUGGUCGGAAGGCAUCUCCAGUCCGCCCACAAGUAUCCACUCACAGAUGAAUCUGAUCCCUGAACAGUUUAAAUAGAGACUUCUUGAACUGUGAAAACACGAUGACAAACCUGUCGCUGAAGACUGAAGACGGUCCUUUGAAAAUUAGUUUUUAUACUAACAUUAAGGAAUAAAGUUUUGGUAAUUUUGUAUUUAUUUAUAUGCCUUUUUUGACAGUAAAUUUAAGGAAAUUGUUUUUAUAUUUAUGCUUUACACCUUUGUUUUUUUUUUUGUUUUAAUUUGUUAUGUAUGGAAAGAUUAGAAGCUGUUUGAAGGGAGUGUGUAUCAGGAAAACCACUCCUUGAUGUGUACACUGGUUAUUUAUUUGUGUCUUUUGUUGCUAAUUUCACUGGAUUUAUUUUUAUUACAGUGUAUUGUCUUCCCAGAGUUCAAUAUACUGCGUUGAAUUUGUACAUUAUUUUAUUUUAUAGUUUAUUUGACAAGAGAUUCAGUAUUAAGUAAUUAUAUUUUAACCUCUUUUGUCUUUAAAACGACACAGAUUUUGUUACUGAAAAAAUAUAAACAAGUCUUAUCACUGUGUUAGAUGAUGAUCCAAUCUACUUUUAUAGAAUAUCGUCCCCUUUACGGUGGCCUACCACGACCACCUCAAAUGGCAAAAUAUAUGAGAAAAAUUCUAACUUUUUUUGGACCUUAAUGCACAGAGCAGACUUCUCUUAAUUAACAAGGGAUUUAUUUCAAUAUGAGUGGGAAAGACCGAUGAACCGACCAGGGCCUCUUCAGUCGAAUAACGUUCCUGGCCGGUUUAUUUAUUUGUGAUCCUUUAUGAUGAAAGGACUGACUCGUUGCUUCAUAUUGCAUCAUGUAUGAAGGAUUACAGCUGUCAUGUUAAACCUGUUUAGUGUUAAAUUUUGCAAACUUGUUGUAGAAAGAUCGAAUGUUACAUUUGCCAUAUUUCAAAAUAGUGCCAGUGUGAUUCAGUUUUUCUUGAGAAAAGAAAAGAAACGUAUUUGUGAAAAAAAAAAGCUUUUGAAGAGAACACUGAUUUUUUUUAAGUAAAUAAAUGGGACCUUUAUGUUAUAACUGACAUCACCUGCACUUUAUCGUAGAGUGUGGCUGAAGGUGUUUCAAUGUCAUGUUUUAUAAACUAAUCCAGAGAUAACGAUGUUUUAAAGAGAAGAUGUAAUUCAAAAUCUAAUGUUCAUGCAAAGUUGUAGUUUGCGAAGUAUUUCCUGGUUUUAAUGUUUUGUAAAAAAUUGUCUUGAUUCAAUAAAUAAAACUGCUGUUAAAC